GCGUGUGUCCACUCCACUCUCCAAAUCGAGACGAGCAAGCAACUGGCCUGAGUUUUCGUUGGUGCAUGAUGGCCUGUGCCAUUUUUCUUUUCUAGUCUCCACCAUCUCUUCAAUUCUUUCCUUAUAUAAUUCCUUCAUUAGCUCCUUGGAAUCUCGAACUUCAUUAGCACUAUUCCUCAACUACGUGACAAACUCAUCAAUUUCGGCAUCUCAUUCAAACCCGCACGAGCAAAUGCUCUCUCUUCGCCUACCUUCUAUCCCGUAUUGCUUCAAUUUGAUCCCUUUACGCUCCCUCGAAUUCAUGGCCUUCCUUUAAUUUACUUCAACCACAAUUUCAUUCUUUUCUUUCCUUGUUAACUCUAACCAUGGCUUCUUCAAUUCUAUACCCGGCAACCUCCCUCCCUGGAACUCGAGGACGCUCUGCUUGGUUCUGGGCCCCCGGUAGCCGUUUGGUGAGGACCCAAAAGAGUCGCGUUAGUUGCUCUUUGGAUACCAAUGUUUCCGACAUGAGUGUUAACGCGCCAAAAGGGCUGUUUCCUCCGGAACCUGAACAUUAUCGAGGACCCAAGCUAAAAGUUGCCAUUAUAGGAGCUGGGCUUGCUGGCAUGUCAACUGCAGUGGAGCUCUUGGACCAAGGACAUGAGGUGGAUAUAUAUGAGUCGAGGUCUUUCAUUGGGGGAAAAGUCGGUUCCUUUGUUGAUAAACAAGGAAAUCACAUUGAGAUGGGAUUGCAUGUUUUCUUUGGUUGCUACAACAAUCUUUUCCGUUUGAUGAAAAAGGUGGGUGCCGCUAAAAAUCUACUGGUGAAGCAGCACACUCACACUUUUGUAAACAAAGGAGGACAAAUUGGAGAACUAGAUUUCCGCUUUCCUAUUGGGGCACCAUUGCAUGGGAUAAAUGCAUUUUUUUCCACAAAUCAGCUCAAGACUUAUGAUAAAGCUAGAAAUGCUGUUGCUCUUGCACUGAGUCCAGUUGUGAAGGCUCUUGUUGAUCCAGAUGGUGCGUUGAGGGAUAUAAGGAAUUUAGAUAGCGUUAGCUUUUCAGAGUGGUUUUUGUCCAAAGGUGGCUCACGUCUGAGUAUCCAGAGAAUGUGGGAUCCAGUUGCAUAUGCCCUGGGAUUUAUUGACUGUGAUAAUAUUAGUGCUCGCUGUAUGCUCACCAUAUUUGCAUUGUUUGCCACAAAAACUGAUGCUUCCCUUCUGCGAAUGCUGAAAGGUUCACCAGAUGUUUAUUUGAGUGGCCCUAUCCAAAAGUACAUCACAGACAGAGGGGGCAGGUUCCAUCUUAGGUGGGGAUGCAGGGGGAUACUUUAUGAUAAAUCUGCUGAUGGGAGUAUGUAUGUUACGGGACUUUCUAUGUCAAAGGCGACUAGCAAAAAAAUUGUGAAAGCUGAUGCUUAUGUUGCAGCUUGUGAUGUCCCUGGAAUUAAAAGACUCAUUCCAUCGGAGUGGAAAGAACAGGAGUUUUUCAAAAACAUAUACGAACUAAUAGGAGUUCCUGUGGUCACAGUACAACUCAGAUACAAUGGGUGGGUCACAGAGUUGCAGGAUCUAGAAAAGUCAAGGCAACUAAGGAAAGCUGUUGGGUUAGAUAAUCUUCUUUAUACUCCAGAUGCAGAUUUUUCUUGCUUUGCAGAUCUUGCGCUUACGUCUCCCGAAGAUUAUUACAUUGAGGGACAAGGAUCCCUGCUUCAAUGUGUUCUAACACCAGGUGAUCCAUACAUGCCCUUACCAAAUGAAGAAAUUAUUUCAAGAGUAGCGAAACAGGUUUUGGCUCUGUUCCCAUCAUCUCAAGGUUUAGAAGUGACUUGGUCAUCUGUGGUUAAGAUUGGGCAAUCUCUGUACCGUGAAGCACCCGGUAAAGAUCCAUUUAGACCUGAUCAGAAGACCCCAGUGAAGAAUUUCUUCCUUGCUGGCUCUUACACAAAGCAGGACUACAUAGACAGCAUGGAAGGUGCAACGUUGUCUGGCAGACAAGCUUCUGCCUACAUAUGUGAUGAAGGGGAAGAACUGCUGGCUUUGCGAAAGAAGCUUGCUGAUGAGUUUCAAGGCCUCCUUCGAACAGCAAAUAAUACAGAUGAAUUGAGUCUAGUUUGAGAGACUAUCAUCCUUACACAGACCACAGAAAAUUACACUUCAUAUUUGCUGAUUAGGCUCGCCAUUCAUGUAAUUGUAAUCCUGGUAAAGAAAUGUUAUGUUGAAUCAAAAAAUAAUUAUGUAAUUUGAUAGCCAUGGGGUUAUGGUUCGAUCUGUGCAACGAGCGAUGCUUAUGAUUA